AUGCAAAAGCUUAAAAUAUCAACAGCUCAAGUUGAAAACAAGAGUGGCGAUAAAUCGUAUAAUUUAGAAGUCAUUAGAAAGUUAAGUGAACAGGCGGCUAAAGAUGGUUCACAAGUUGUAGCUUUUCAUGAGUGCUCAAUCACUGCAUAUACAUUCGCAAGAAAUCUGUCGAAAGAACAAAUGCUGGAAUUAGUUGAAUUUGUUCCGGAUGGCAAGAGUGUUAAAGAAUUAAUUGCAAUCGCUCAGACAUACAAUAUUGCAAUUUUAGCUGGUCUAUUCGAAAACGAUAAUAAAGAUCAAAUAUUUAAAACGCACAUAUGUGUCGAUAAAAAUGGUGUUGUAGCAAAAUAUAGAAAAUUACAUCCUUUCAUAAAUCCAAAUGUAACACCAGGUGAUCAAUAUCGUGUAUUGGACUUAUAUGGUUGGAAGUGCGCAUUUUAA